CCCGCUGGGGUGCCGACUGCGCACUGGAGAGGGGCGAAGUAGGCGGCCAUCUUGUUUUUGUGCUGCAUGCACACUGCUCUCGUCACCCAUCACCGCACUGCAUCCCCCACCGCCACCGGCCGCACCUUGCCGUGCCUUUUCGUUAGUGCCAUCAGAUUCGCGGUGCCGAGCAGCUUGGUGACAAGCUGUGGGAGCUUCGCGCUCAGCAGCCGUCUGAUGAUCUUGGGGAAGGGGAUGCGCUCCUCUCCCUGCCGGAGCCCAUGCUUCGACAAGUUGAGGUAGCCCAGCAGAUGCUCGAACCGCCAGCCGGACGGCCCUGGCGCUGCGCCUUUUGCUGCUGAGCGGAGUGCCUUCGCGAGCAUCUUGGGUGGGACGUCGAGUGCCUCGGGCUCCACGUUGACGUCCGGCUUGGUGACGGGCGUGUUGCGUGAGGGGUGGAGGGCUUGCAGCUUGGCGUAUGUCUCCUCCGUGGCUGGGGCGACUGGGGUGGAGUCCAGCUUCUUGGCCGCUCGUGUGAAUUCCCCAAGCUCCACUAGCCGCUUGGCUGUCAUGAACGCCCUCUGCGUCGCCGUGUCGUGGGUGGGGUGGGCGGGUGUGUGGUGGAUGGCCGGUAUCGUCUCGGUGCUCUUUAGUGCGAAAUCGACCCCCUCGCGUAGCAGCAGCUCCCAUUCCCCCUCCCAAAACAGCCGAAACCUCCGCUCCCACUUUCUCCUCCCUCCCGCCCCUCCUCUCUUGGUUGGGAACAGCAGCAACGAAGGGAUGUACAGAAACAGGAGGAACCCGUCGUCCAGCUGGUUGGUGUCGCCGUCGGGGCUGACCAGCGCGUCUGCCGCCUCUAUCACGUCAGCCAUGUCGAUCCUUGCCUGUGGGAGGAUCCUUGCCUCCGUCGGGAUGCCCAUGCGCCAGGCCGCCGAGUGCUGCUCCUCUGUGCGGUUCCUCAGGAGCGCCAGCCCUCUCUCCGGGAUCGUCUUGGUCGGCCCACGCGUGCCGUUGCGUGCUGAUGCGGCGCGGCGGCUGCCGCCCCCAUUGUGGUCUCCCCCAUCGCCGCCCCCACCCGUGUCGUCGCCUGGCUCGUCGGGGUCCCCGCCAUCCCCGCCUCCUCCUCUCGGCGCGACACGCCCUCGCCCCCCGCCUCGGCCCCUCCCCCGUCCUCUCCCUGACCCUCUGCCGCCUCGUCUGCCGCCUCUGCCCCCUCUCGUGUUGCUGGCAUGGUUGUUUGCGUUUGUUGGCGGCUGAGGGGGUCGUGGAGGUGGUUGAGACGGUUGAGAGGGCUGUUGAGAGGGCUGUUGGGAUGGUGGGGCCAGGCCUGAUGGGCGACCUCUGAUUGCCACCCAUAUGUGUGUCGGCGGCCGUGCUGGUUGUCCUGGCGGCGCCCCUCUCUGCAUCGGGAUCCAUACGCCCGCCUCAUGCCUUGGGGCGGCGUUUCGCUGGGUUCUAGGGCGCCAGGCGAGUGUGGGGGCCGGUGGUGGUGCGUCUGGCUGCGUGGUGGGGCGCCGCUCCUGUCGUGUGUGGGGCGGAGGGUGUUGCGCGGGGGGUUGGGAUCGAUGCCGACACUCACCCGAGUCAGAAGCACGAGGGUGGAUUGAGUGUGGGUUCGAUUCCGAUAGGAGGUUUUCUUGCUGUGAGCCGCCCCGCUCCUCUUGGCUCUCGUCCUGGUCCUCUUGCCCCUCCCCGUACUGAUAGUCUCCCUCCAUGUACUCGCACUCGCCCUCAGGCGCUUCUCCCUCUUGCACGCUGCUUGAGGCGGGCUGUGGGGCGUGUUGCUGGCUCACGGGUCGCCAGACGCUCCUGCUGGUCCUCGGUGGUGUGUCCGGGUGGGCGGCGGACCGUUGGGUGGGUGCGACGGCUUCUGGCCGGGCGGCUUGUUGGCUGGUGGGCCGCCAGACGCCUCUGAUAGGUCCUGGUGGUGCGGGCGGCUGCGUGGCGGGCUGCUCAGUGGGGGCGGUUGCCUCUGGCGGGGCGGCUGGCCGGCUGACGGGCCGCCACUCCCGUCCGCUGCGCUGCUGGGGCUGCUGUGUGGCGGUCUCGUCUGUGGCUGCCUCCUCCUCGUCGAUGGUCUCCAGCGCUUGAAAGGGGUUGGGCGACCGCAUGGCUGAUUGUCCGCCCC